AAUCCACAAGUGGAAAAAAAGGCAAGCGGAGAAAGGCAGAAAGAUCCGUCGCCUCAACACAAGCAGAAACCCCCAACCACGGACCUCUGCUACAAGACUGAAAUCAGCAGUCUCAUGGACUUCAACUCUCCUGAUGCCUCACUGGACAAAGUUCUGCUGCGCGAAGAGGUGGCCCAGCUCCAGGAGGAGGUGCACCUGCUGCGGCAGAUGAAGGACAUGUUGAGCAAGGACCUGGAGGAGACCCAGGGAGGCUGCUCGGCUGACGUCCUGUCCGCCACGGAGCUCCGAGUGCAGCUGGCCCAGAAGGAGGAGGAGCUGGAUCGGGCCAAGGAGGCUUUACAAGCCAUGAAGUCGGACCGCAAACGUCUCAAGGCGGAGAAGGCCGACCUGGUGAACCAGAUGCAGCAGCUUUAUGCCACACUAGAGAGCCGGGAGGAGCAGCUUCGGGACUUCAUACGCAACUACGAGCAGCACAGGAAAGAGAGCGAGGAUGCAGUAAAGGCUCUGGCCAAGGAGAAAGACCUCCUGGAGAGGGAGAAGUGGGAUCUGAGACGGCAGACCAAGGAGGCCACGGAGCACACAGGGAUGCUGCGCUCCCAGCUCGACCUCAAGGAGAACCGCAUCAAGGAGCUGGAGGCUGAACUUGCCAUGAUGAGUAACUGUGUCAAUCAGAGAAUGGAGUUCCGGGUGUUUGAGCGGCUUGUGGACAGGGACUACUCUCCUAGGGUCACGGCGGCCAAACAGUCACUAGCCACGCUGACAAAGGAUGUGCCCAAGCGCCACUCAUUGGCCAUGCCCCCGGAGGCGGUCGUCAAUGGCAACAACCAGGAGUGGGUGAUGCAGGCGGAUCUUCCCCUGACUGCUGCCAUCAGGCAAAGUCAGCAGACCCUCUACGUCCACACAGGCCAUCCCACUGACAGACAAGUGGCUGCGGUGCGAGUGAGCCCCAUCCACUCGCGUCAGCCCUCCAUCAUCUCUGACGCCUCUGCAGUGGAGGGAGAUCGGUCGUCUACACCCAGCGACAUAAACUCGCCACGUCACCGGACUCACUCCCUCUGCAAUUCCCUAGAAGAUCUGGAGGAGGCGAAGCGUAAGAAGAAGAAAGAGAAGAUGGGGCUCGGCUCGCUGUCGCGUGUCUUUGCCCGGGGAAAGCAACGCAAGUCUCUGGACCCCGGUUUGUUUGAUGGUACUUCCACACCCGAUUAUUACAUAGAAGAGGAUGCAGACUGGUAAAAGCACAGCUCUCUGAGUGAACCCACCUGUGGACCAUGAUGCAUUUUAAUGUGUGAGAGGAUGGAUGCUGGAGUGUAUAGAUAUAAUAUAAUACAUGCACCUGUUUAGCCCCACCAGAAGGGGGAUAAUUGUACGUGUGUGUGUAUGUGCGUGUCGGCGUGCAUAUGCGUGGUUAGGCCAACGGUCAGAGGCCAAGUCAGGAGCCAGAGGCGCGUCUUGCUUCGCCGAAGUGUAACUCUUAUUGAACAUAUUGCACCUGUAUGUAUGUACACUUCUGUAAAUAGAAACACAGCAACAAUGUUGACUUGCUCUGUUAAAGCUGUGUUACUGGAUCUUCUUCUUGACUUUUUGUUUUCAAAAAGCUGGAAACUUGAAGGACUGCUGUAUCUGUAAAUAACAACGGUUGUUGUGUACUCUGUGCUUGUAAAUGUCUCCAUGUUCCGAUUAACUUUUGUUAAUUUUGACACAAAUUCCCUUCACAACUCAAAGCUCCUUUGUUUUUGUUUUCUUUUGUCCUGCCUGGUCCUCCCCUCCCUUUUCACACAGCCAUGAUGAGAACAGUUUCCUGUAGGCAACAUGCAGACUCCUCAGUUCCAACAACAAUUCGAUUAUCAUUUAUCGCAUUCCUCAGAAAACGAAAACUGAACAGGGGCUCUAACCGCUGAGCACGGGGUCAGCUUUUUACGCUGACCCAUUUGUUCCACAGCAAAAUGAAGCCAAACAGGAAAUGCAAAAAAAAACAUGAUUUCUAUCUGCUAAGAUAGAACGUACAGUGCCUUGUCAAGGUAUUCAUACCCCUUGAUUUUUUUCUUUUCUCCACGUUUUUGCAAAAUAACUAAUUAUUUAAUUCCAUCCUAUUGAUGCUCUGGUUGUAUAUCUAGAUAUAAAAAAAAUUUGUUCUAUAUCCAUAGCAGAUUUUUACUCCAGGAUUGCUCCAUCCAUGUUUCUAUCAACUCUAACCAGCUUCCCACAAAUCAUGAUACUGCCACCACUGUAUUUUACCAAUGGGGUUAGGCCAAAACGUUACAUUCUGUUUUCACCUGACCAGAGAUCAUGCUGUACGAGCCUAACUGAGAGUUCAUAAAAUAGAAUCGAGGGCAGAUCAAGUUGAUGUAAAAUUGACUUAUUCCUGUCUUUUCACAAUGCCUUUCUCCUUGUCCGUCUUUCUUUGAGGUCAGAUUUGUUAAGUGAACAGCUAAGAGUUUUCUGUUUUUGUCCCAACUGAGAUGUGGAUCUCUGUAGCUCCUUCUAACUUUUAAGUAGGCAUCUUAGCUGCUUCUCUCAUGAGCCAGAAUGCAUUGAUAAAACUCCUUAACAAACUAAUAUCAAAGAUAUUAACAAAUAGCUGUCGCUGCAUUUGAUAAGUACUUCUUAAAGCUAAAUAAUAUUGAACGUCUUUUCAUGUUGUUCAGUCCCUCUGGGAUUUCACAUUUGUGAUUCUUUUUGCAAUCAAAAUCACUGAUUAUGUGGACCUAACGAGGAAGUUUGCAAUAAUUGCAUUUAUGUACGACCUAAAUUAUGACUUUGUUAAUCAUCGCAUCGAUCACAGACUAACUAAUAAUUUGACAUCACAUGAGGCUGAGGCUACAGUGUUGUAAAAGUAAGUAAUACUGCCCCUUACAGGAGAAAGUUGCCAGUAUUUUUCACAAUUUAUGGCUUAAAUUUUGAAACAAACUAACAGUUAUGCACUAGACUAACAAAAAUACGGGGAUCCAUUAAUUUUGCGUGAAUUUCUGAUUGCUAAAAACCAGGGGGACUAAUUGAUGUAAUUUAGCGUCUGGAGUCUAGAGGGCCACAUACAAAGCUAUGGUGGGCCAGAUUUGUCCCCCGAGCAUUGAGUUUGACACAUAUGUUUUAGUAGGUAUUAAUGGCGUGUUUAACAUCACUUUGUGAUAAGCUAAAAUUUUAAAAGGUAUUUUUUUCUAAUCUAACUCAGAUUUAAUCUGCAGCACAACUUUAACCUUGAUGUGCCUCCAGUGACCCUUGAUCUUUAUGGUGUUGCUAAAUGGUUUCUACAUCAUUCACUUAUUUUAUUUUUUUUUUUUUUUAGAUCAACCAUGAAUGCUUCCACGGUUAUGGGUUGCUCUGUGUCAGUCCAUCACAUAAAAUCCAUUGAAGUUUUGUGGCUGUGAUGUGACAAAAUUAUCCAAACGUUCGAGGGAUACUUACGCAAGACACUGCACACACAUGAACAUGUAACAUGCACGCAAAUAGCCUCAGAACCCCAAAGCAUGCUGAGAGGGUUGUGUUGCAUAUGUUGUCAAGAAGGCACUUUAAAAAAAAAAAAAAAGAGAGGUCAGUUGCUGAUUUCAUGAUGUUUGUUCAUGGUUUUGUCAGAUUCAAAUGUAUCCUUUUUGAUUUUUGAACUUGACCCUUUCAUUUUGUUUGCGUAAUCUGUUAGGGUUUAGCAAUUUAGCCUUAGUCUGCAUCUCCAAGGCAACAUUUCCAUGUGGAUAUCAAUUUGGAAAUCAAGAUCAGCAAAGUUGUGAAGAAACCAACACUAUUUUUAAUCAUUCAUAGUUUUUCUCCCAUUUUCUUGAUCUCGCAGUUGCUCGCAGCUAUCAUUAUGCUAAUACUCCGAAAAGCUGCUGGGGUUGGAUUAUAGUUGAGGAGCCUGUCUAAAAUUAGAAGCUAGAUAUAAAGCUGAUGGUCAAGACUUUUGCAGACCGCUGGAAGCAAAGUUGUUUUUAAUUACCAAAAAAACUGGAACCACAAUUAAAAGAAGCGUACAUUAAACAAAAGACUCUAACACUGAUGAGUGCCAUCUCGGGAGGUUAGAAAUCAGGUCUUAAGCAUACUAAUCAAGUAAAAGCAUUGCUUUCCAGGUGACCCCCUGAGCUCACUAAACAUUCUUCAGUUUAAGCUACUACUGGAAAAAAAAAAAAGCAAUUAGCUCUGUGUUAAAGGUUAAUAACAUUUCUUCAAGCCAAAGAAUGUCCAGAGACACAGGAUUCUUUUCAUCCUGGAUCAAAUUCGAGUCUGCACUGCCCCCACUGGAAAUCUCUUCUCUCCCUGACAUUAAAUUAUCAUUAGCUGUACCAAAACCCCCCCAAAACAGUGCCAGAUAGCACUGGAGCUAUUUUUUAACCAGACUUUAUGAGAAAAAAGGAUCUUUGAAAAAGUAUUUGCUGCCAGAUUUUUUUUUUUUUUUACAUGGCCACAUUACAAUGUUUCAGAUCAUCAAACAAAUUUUAAUAUAAGACAUGAAAACCUGAGUAAAUGUAAAAUGCAGUUUCAAAUUAUGAUUUUAAUUCGUUAAGCAACCUGCCCUUGGUUGAAAAAAUAAUUCCAAUCUAAAACCAGCUACUAGUUGUUCCAUCCUUGCCAGCAACAACUUCCAUCAGGUAUUUAUGAUAAUUGACAAUGAGUCUUUUACAUCACUGUGGAGGAAUUUAGUCCACUUUUCUUUGCAAAGGUAUUUAAAUCAGCCUCACUGGAGGGUUUUAAAUAGCCUACUCUAAGUCAUUACCAAAGCCUUUAAUGCAGAUUUAAUUCCAAACUUUGACUCAAAGAUCUUAAUUUUUUUUAAUGAUUCAGAGGCGGAUUAGCUAGUGUGCUAGAGUUGAGAUAUGGAGCCUUGUGAAGCUUCAUGAUUCAAGCAAGAUUGAGUUUUAAGACAAUAACAUAUGACUGGACAUUCUCACAUGCUUGAUUAUCUGAAACAUUUAGGCAUGACAAAAGCCGAAAAUAAUAUGUAGGAAAUUCAAAGAUAAACCAUCACAUAUUCGGCUGUAUUUAUAGGAACAACUCAACCAAUUAAGGUGUUCAUUAUCAAAUAAUACAUAGGAAAACACAGGCUACUUUUAUGUUUUCAUUUAACCAGUUUUUACCUGCUGACGGGGAAACUACAUAUCAAAUGCAGCAUUGUAUGAUUUCAUAUUCUGAGCCACGGUGUGUUUUUAUUCUGCCACAGAUAUUUUACUUUUUGUAAAUGAGAUAGCAUUACAGAAAUGAGAUGAAUAUUAUUGUUAUUAUUAUUGAAGAGUUUUAUUUAAAGUCAGAGAUGUAGGCCUCAGUGUGGAACUGAGAUAUUUAGAAGUAGAUAGUAGCAACUUUUUAAAGCAUGGCAACGACGUUACGCUAAAAAAAAAAAAACAAACAAAAAAAAUAAAUAAGAUUAUUUUAAAAUAAAAUAAGUGAUAAUGA